UUUUUAUUUGGUGUUUUCUAUCAAGAUGGCUUAUUCGGAUAGCACUUCCAGUGAGGACGCCAGAGACGACUCUCGAGCGAGGCGACGCGCAAAGUCGGGUGCGCGCGGUCGUUUUCAACGGUAUUCGUCUGGGAAUGACUCUCGGCGGGAUCGCAGCGGGCGCAGACAGUACGAGACACAGCAGGGGUGCCCGGACAAAUCAUCUCACAGAAGGCGCAACUGCUAUGACAAAAGGGACUACCACCGGAACGGUACUCGGAGCCAGCGCAGGAGCCGGAACAGGAGCAAUGCGCAGAAAGAGAACAAGGAUAAGCCGAAAACGGAGAAGCCGAUGCGGAGGUGGGAGCUGGAGGAGGAGGAGGAAGAAGUGCCAAUCCGAAGCUCGAGCUCUGGACGAGACAAAGUCCGGACUUCACAAAUUGUGACCGGACAGUCAUCGAACCACGCAUCAAAUCGGGAUCCGCAGGACAAAUUGGGGGGCCGGGAAGCGGCUCUAUUGGAUAAACCGCCUUGGUGGUUACAAACAAAUGCAGGUAUUAUCAAGGUCAGCUAGCAGCAAAUGUUUCCUCUAUGCAUUGAGAACACAGGAGCUAGUCCGCUCAGCUGUUGAGCGCAUGCAUCAUAAGUAGGCAAGACGGCAAAACUUCGCUUCCUACCACGAUUUAUUUCGGGGCUCACUAUUACAGGUAGCUGCGCGACUGCUGGUUCGCCAGCUGGACCUCCGGCGUCAUCAUCAACGGCCGCCCCGGUCUUGGAGGAUCACAUGGCUGAGCUGUGGAACCACGUACCCGAGAUGCAAACACCGGGCGUUUUGCACUCGGGCAAUGCAGCGCGGGCACUAUACGUCCGGUUUCCCGCGGGAUACCCCUACAGUAGGCCGUCGAGGGUCCACGAGAACGACCACAGAGUGGUAGAGGGGUGGCUCAGGAUGCAGGUCGGAGCCAAUGCGGUCAAGCAGUAUAUCUUGCGAGAGAAGGACGCCGUGGUAGUCUUCACUAGUGCAGCAUGCAAGGCCGGCGUGUUGGCAGGCCAACUCAGUCGAACGGUCGCGCUCCCGGACCGUCGCGGGGAUGCGCGGAUCGUGCUGUACAUAGAGAGUCGCGAAGCCAAGUCGCAGAGUUCUCGCACAGUCACGCCCGAUGCCGUCAGCGAAAAUUCUGCCGAGAAGCAGACCAGCGAAUUUCCGACGCCAGCUCCGGCUACGGAGCAACAGGCUACAGGCGAUGUAAGUGAGGGCAAGCGAGCAAAAACCUUUCCGAUGCCACCGCCGCCCAUGUCGCUGCCGCCAGACCAGUACGAAGGUCAAAGUACGCACGGCGCCCGGCAGAAAGUGCCUAUCUUGAAAACAAUAUCGGUCGCUCCUGCAGUCGCACAAAGCCAGCGCGACAGAGUCCCUGGAGCGCCGGUCUCGAAAGCGGUGCCGCUGGAAAAGAAGACUGCGAUGCAGCUUUCCACAGGUCCUCCAGGCAGCGGAGAGACACGGCAUGAUCAGGCCCAAAAAAACCGGCAGAAAGAAGAUGGACUAGCUGCGCCACCCCCUACCGCGAUUCUGAGCAAAGCUUUGUCCUCGCAGCAUGACCCGAGAACAAUACGAGGACUUGCCACUAGUCGCCCACCUAGAUCAGCUUCGUUGCGACAUCAGCUGGGAACGACGAGCGCAGCUGCCUCUAGUCGAGGCGCGGGUGUUGAAUCCAAGCGCGUUACAUUCGCCAUGGCGGAAAAGCAAGCGCCAGAGGAAGGUGACAGCGAGAAAGCCCAGGGCUCCGUUCUUCCACGACAAAGCAGUACCCGGGCAGCUUCGAAUCAAAAUGAGUCCCCAGCACCCGAACAAAGUUCGGCCGCGAAAGCAAAUCAUGAGUCCGGGACAGCCGGUGGCAGUUUAUCUGCAGCGCCGGCCGCGCAGCGCCGUUCUCGCAGCAGAGCAAAGGCCCUCUCGCCGAGAGGAAAAGGACCAGCGAGGCGCUCGCCAUCGAAGGCGAAGCAGAGGCACGGCAAACGAUCGCCAAGUAAAGUAAGGGAACGAGGUGGCCGUGCAAAACGUUCACCAAGUAAGAUCAAAAAGCCAAGGCGGGAAAUAGACGCGGGUAUUUAUGGGAGAAGUGUUGGUGUCUGCAUAACAAGAAACCUCGACGCAGGGCAUGUAGGUUGUGCAGUGCGUAAAGCAAAACUUCAACCGUUGUUUUCCUUCGGGUUUAUUAGUCAUUGUUACUUCAUCCAAUUUGCCAGGUUCACAAGAUCCAAAGUUGGCCACGGAAAUUCUGGUGGAAAACACGAUGGAGGAUUUCUUUACUGACCGACUGGAUAAGUUGCGGGAGCAGUGCGAAGCAGAGCAUUGUCAGGUCGACAGGAAGGACACGCGCGAAGCGCUUUUAGCGAAAUAUCUGGGGAAAGUGCUGACCUCCGAAGAGCAGGCGUUGACUGCAAUUAAUUUCCUCUACUCGCACACGGGAACCCUAGCCCGAGAAGCAGCGGAGCACUGCCAGCAGAUCAGCGCGCUCGUGAAAUUGCCGAGAAGCGACAAGAACCUGGAAGCCUUGAAGGAACGCGCCCAGCUCCGGCGGGAGCUUGGGGGUAAGAUCGACAAAACGAAACUCGUUGCGGAUCUGCUGAAAGAGCAGGCUGACGAAUGAAAAGUCGGAGGAUCACUUGUACAUCCUUGCUCUAGACAGUUGGGCGAUUUUGGUUUGUUUUGCUUCAAAGGAUAAGGAAAGCUUGUUCGUUUUCGUAACGCUCGGGGGUUCCGCAGCCAUUUUCAU